GAUAGAAUAAAACAAUAUUGAAAAUAUCAUCUGUAUAAAAGUUACUAUUUAUAGUAUCGUAAUUGUUUCCACAUGGUGUCCUUCAGACUUUACUUUUAAUGCACUACCAGUUUUUCGACUUAUUUGGUUCGGAUUUGAGUAUUGUAUACCUUUUUUCUAACCGUUAAUCUGGUCUAAUCUCAUCAGUGCUGGUGUAUUCAACUAUCAUGAAUGGUUAUCAAUCGAAAGCACUGGACAACAUCAUUCUGCUAUGUGACUCCUAUAAAGUAAGUCACUAUGCUCAAUAUCCACCUGGGACAGAGACUAUCUAUUCCUACUUUGAAAGUCGUGGUGGCAAAUUUCCAAACGCUGUAUUCUUUGGCUUACAAUAUAUCAUUAAGCGUAAUCUUGUCGGUCAAGUUGUUACACAUGAGAAAAUCGAUGAAGCCAAGGCAAUAUUUCUUGAUCAUUUCGGUAGAGAUAUAUUCAAUGAAGAAGGAUGGAGAUAUAUAGCUGAUCAUCAUAAAGGUCAUCUGCCGGUGAUUAUUAAAGCAGUCCCUGAGGGUACUGUUGUCCCAACGAAAAAUGUCCUAAUGACUGUUGAAAACACCGAUCCAAAGUGUUAUUGGCUAACGAAUUAUCUUGAGACUAUAUUAGUGCAGGUUUGGUAUCCAACUGCUGUAGUAACGAAUUCAAGAGCUAUGAAGCGCAUUAUUGCUAAAUAUCUUCAAGAAACAGCGGAUGAUCUGUCAACAGAGUAUAAGCUGCAUGAUUUUGGAUUUCGUGGAGUCUCGUCUAUUGAAUCUGCAGCCAUUGGUGGGAUUGCACAUCUGGUGAAUUUCCGUGGGACUGACAGUCUAGCAGCAUUACACCUGGGCAGACAUUAUUAUAAUUGUCCAACAGCCGGUUUGAGUAUACCAGCAACAGAACACAGUGCCAUGACUGUAUGGGGUGAAGAGAACGAGACGAAUGCCUAUUCAAAUCUAUUCCACUUAUAUCCCUCAGGAACAUUUGCCUGUGUAUCAGAUAGUUAUGAUAUAUGGAAUGCAUGCAGUAAAAUAUGGGGUGAAACAUUACGUGAUAAGGUCAUGAAUCGUAAUGGUACUGUAAUCAUUCGACCAGAUUCUGGUGAUCCACGUGAAGUAAUUUCAAAAGUGUUAAAUAUAUUAGGCAAACAAUUUGGAUAUACAAUCAAUUCGAAAGGUUAUAAAGUUCUACCCUCAUGUAUUCGAGUUAUCCAAGGAGAUGGUGUUUCAUUAGAGUCGCUGGAUCCUAUUUUAAAUGAAGUAAAAACCUCUGGAUGGAGUACAGAGAAUGUUAGUUUUGGCAGUGGUGGCGCUUUACUACAACGAUUAAAUCGUGAUACACAGAAAUGUGCAUUCAAGUGUAGCUUUGCUGUAGUCAACGGUCAUGAGAUUCAAGUAUCUAAACAUCCAAUUACAGAUCCACAGAAAAAUUCUAAGAAGGGUCGGCUUACAUUAGAAAAAUGUCCAAUAACUGGAACGCUUAUCACUGUAGAAGAAGGUUGUGGCUCUGAAUCGAAGGAUAUACUGAUCCCAGUAUUUAAAAAUGGUGUCCUAUUGAAAGAUUAUACUCUAGAUGAAAUACGUGCUCGGAUCGAUUCAUAUCCGUUGGAUAUUUGAACUGUUGUUUUGUUUUUCUCUCUAUAGAUUACAAGAAUUGAUUUGUAGCUGAUAUAUAUAUAUGCCUUUGUCCUAUAUUUCAUCCUUGUAUAUUUAUUCUAUAUUUGAGAUUAUGUUGGAAAUCUGACUGCUUAUUCGUUCAUGAAUCUGCAGUUAAUUUCUUCAAUUUUUCUGCCUUCCUCUACCUCGUUCUCUUCCUUCAUCUGUCAUUUGCUAAUAUAUAUGCAUAUAUAACUCAUAAACAAACAUUCAUUCAAUCUUUCUACACUUUCAUCUGCACACCAACAUAUACACACAAAGAAAAUAUUUAUUUACGAACAUAAUUUCGUUUUGUGAUCAUGUGAUCAAGUUGUCAUCAUUAGUAUUGAUGAUAUUAAUAAUAGUUGUAAUGGUGGCAGACGUAGUAGCAGUUGAUGGGAUCCUUGUAAAGUCAACAGAUUCUUCCUUUUCCUUUUGUUUUUCUUUGUCAAUUAUUUAUUCUUUGUGAAUAACUCUCAUUUCUUUUGUUAUAAUAAGAACAAAGAAAAAAUUAUAUCCAUAUAUUUAUAAGGGAUAAAAACUUUAUAGCAGGAAUUUGUUAAUUUAGCCUUUUUUCAAAAUAAGCGCUUAAUUCAUAUGUCAAGGUCAUCAACUGAACUUUUGUUUAAACGAUUGGACGCUUUGCCGCCAAAAUUAAGUUUUUUUCACUUGUGUUACAUUGUGAUGAACUGGAUAAUGAAAUCUAUGAUACAAUUUGCUUUUCUAUAAACAUUUGUUUCAUACAAUUUUUUGCAUAAAAUAAUGAUGAUGAGUGUGA